AUUGUGCGCGCAAUAAAGACGAUUUUCUAAAAUGUUUACCAUUGCGAUAUUAUUAAAAUUAAUUGCGCUUUUUUUUAUCGCGCAAAUAAAGCUUACUAAUGUCGAGGGCUACGAUCCGAGUGAUAGCAAAAUAGCAGAAUGUUGUCUGCCGCCCGCUGGGAUGUUCGAGGCUUUCUAUCCGCGAGAAGUUGAUGGUGUCCCCAACAGCGCCUCCCGUCCAGCACAUUCACAUGGAAGUUUCUUCAAGCAUCGCAAUCCUGCGCUGGUCGAUACUAAAAAUGCAGCUGCCUAUGGUUACCGUUUUGAUGGAAAACGGCGAUUCAACUUUGAUUAG